AAUAGGCAAGCAGUCGAUGCGGCCUUAAAUAAAUAAAAAUAAAAAAAAACAUAUAUAAAAGGUCAUGAGUUGGGUGUAUUGCCAUCGAACGAAUAGGAGUAUGUGGGAGGAUGCGCGGUUUUUCAUGCGUGGGUGCUGGGUGUUGGGGUUGUUGUUGGUAUAGUACAAGCAGUAAGCACUGGUGUUCAUCAUAACACGUAAAAUAUACUUCGCCGCUUGCUUGGUUGGGAGCUUUGCUGAUGAUUUAACUCAAGUUAAUUUAAACUUCUUUGCCUUGGUAUAUAGGUCAAUUACUUCAUUAAACAAGACUGCACUCCAUAUAUCUAUGCCUUUUAAUAAUUUAACACGUGAACUAGACUCAAUCUAAUGCGCAAUAUAUAAAAAAAAACACACAAAUUUAUAUGGAUUAUGAUUUGGGACCAGAUAAAUUACUUAGUGUCUUAUUGUACUGAAUGUAAUUGUUGUAAGAUAAAUUUACGGUGUAAUGUCGGGUAAUUAUAAAUUUUAUAAUAUUUACGAUUUUUGUAUUAUUGAUACUAAGAAUGGGUGGUCAUCACUCAAGAAGUCUACCUACGCCUGGCGAGGAAGUAAACUUCAAUCACUUCCAAGUGCUUCGCGCAAUUGGAAAAGGAAGUUUCGGCAAAGUGUGUAUUGUAGAAAAAGGCGAACGUAGCGGAAAAAUGUAUGCUAUGAAAUACGUGCAUAAAAUUGAAUGUGCGAGUAGAGGGGCUUUAAAAAACGUAACAAGAGAAGUUGAAAUAAUGUCGAAAUUAGAGCAUCCAUUUUUAGUCAAUCUUUGGUUUAGUUUUCAAGACGAAGAAGAUUUGUUCAUGGUAACGGAUCUUUUACUCGGUGGUGAUUUGCGGUAUCACAUUCAACAGCAAGUUCAGUUUUCCGAAGAAAGUGUCAUUCUGUUCAUAGCGGAGAUAGCUCUGGCACUGGACUAUUUGAAGAGCAAGCGAAUCAUCCACAGGGACAUUAAGCCUGAUAAUAUCCUGUUGGAUGAGGAAGGACACGCGCACGUGACAGACUUCAACGUGGCGACGAUGCUCGAGGACGAUCAGUUGGCGACAUCGAUAUCAGGAACAAAGCCCUACAUAGCUCCAGAAAUCUACAUGUGCUCGUGUGAAGUUCACGGAGUCUUCCAACCAGGUUACGGGUAUUCAGUCGACUGGUGGAGCCUUGGGAUUCUAGCUUGGGAGACACUUGAAGGCGUUCGUCCAUUUCCUAUUCACGCGGGCACCAGCUACAAAGAAGCGCAUCGGAUACUGCAGGAUUGCAAACCAGUUCAACCUACAGAAUGGAGCCAACCAAUGUCACAAUUACUUGAUAGUUUACUUACACUCGAUCCAAAUCAACGUCUCACCACUCUUUGCCAAUUGAAACAACUUGAAAUAAUGAACAAUUUAGAUUUUGAUCAGAUAUACCUCAAAAAAGUAAAACCUAAAUUCACACCGUCCAAAAAUCACUUGAAUUGCGACCCCACAUUUGAGUUGGAAGAAAUGAUCAUUGAAGCACGACCACUUCAUAAAAAAAAAAAACGUCUUGCUAAACAGAGAUCGUUACGUAGUCAGGAAUUAGCGGAGCAGAUUGAAUCACCAGCUAUGAUGGCUAAUGGACCAACCUCGAGUAUUUUCACUCAGGAUCCUACGGGUCUUGUUUUUAUCCCGGAUUUUCCGGUAUACAAUAGAGAACGUGAAUUAGAACAGAGACUAAGAGAAGAGAAAGAAAAACAGUGGGAGGAGGAACUACGCAUUGCCAUGGCUGAGAGUGAAAAGAAACUUCACCUCAGCAGAAUUCCUAGCGAUCGUGAUAAACAGCGAUCGCACAAUCAACACUUAAGAAAUAGCAGUCGUUUAAGUAUCUCCUCAUCCAACAUUCACUCACGUUCUGAACGUGCCUCGUUACGCUCGAAUAAAAGAUCCGGCAUCGCAACUUCUUUAGAUAUUGAUUUUAUCGAUUCAGGUCCUGAAACGUCUACCUCUUAACAUUCAAACCCAAAAAAAAAUUGUCAAAUUUUUUAAAUUAUUCAGUCUGAUUUUACAGAUAUUCAUAUAUAUAAAUAUAUAUAUAUACACCCAUUUGAUGGAGGAUUAUUCAAUUUUAAUAACCACAAUUAAG